AUGUGCGAGACGGGAAAAGCGGAAUGUGUGGCACCAUUUGCGAAGAUUUCUCCAUUAUUGGUGACUGCUCCGAAUCAUCGCAUGAUGACCUGCUUGAUCCAGAAAAGCAUGUCUACUGUGAUGUCUGCGAUAUUCUGCUUCCUAAUUCGAGAAAAAGAAUUCAUUGAUGCUGGACGUAGCAUCCUCAGAGAGUACGCUGAUAUAAGAAUGUGUGAAGGCAAGAACGAGUUCAAAAGCAUAGGCGCAAUGGAGCGGGGAUUGCAUCUGCGUGCCAAGGAUUUGGAGCGUUACCGAUUUACGGUCGUCACACGCGAACCAGUCGAUCGCUUCUUGUCUGGAUUCAUUGAUAGAUGCAUCAGAGUUGGCGAUUCCUGCUUUGGUUGUACCAGCAACAUGACAUGUUUCUUGGAACAGGAAUACAAAAGGCGAUGCAGUAUGGACACUCAUUUCGAAAAGUAUGAGUUCAUAAGAUAUUCAAGCGAUCCAACUGGAACUCUUUUAGAAGAUUUGCAGCCAUUGUUGAGGACUCAACAGGUAAAUAUACAGCCAUUUAUGUAA